CACUCAGAAUUGCAUAAGCAAGAUUUCAAAAUUAAUCCUGUAAAGACCUCAGCCCAACAUAUAACACUCCUGGCUGGAAAAGAAGAACUGUAGAUCUUUGGGGAAACUUUAUUUCCUACUUCUGCAUACCAGUUUGCACCUCCAGAUCUGUUACUGAGAAGCCUGAGAUAGCAGUGCCAUCAUAAAGGAGCCAUACCUGUAAAUGCCAUGCAAGUUCAGCUGCCUGCAAAGACCAGAAGAGGGCAUUGGAUUCACCACAUGUGCUAAGAAUUGAACUUGAAUCAUCUGCAAAAACAGUAGAAUCAAAGGAAAUGGAAGACAAUAAUAUGUUACCUCAGUUCAUCCACGGCAUACUAUCAACAUCUCAUUCUCUAUUUACACGAAGUAUCCAAGAGCUUGAUGAAGGGGCCACCACACCGUAUGACUACGAUGAUGGUGAGCCUUGUCAUAAAACCAGUGUGAAGCAAAUUGGAGCUUGGAUCCUGCCUCCACUCUACUCCCUGGUAUUCAUCUUUGGUUUUGUGGGCAACAUGUUGGUCAUUAUAAUUCUGAUAGGCUGUAAAAAGCUGAAGAGCAUGACUGAUAUCUAUCUGCUCAACUUGGCCAUCUCUGACCUGCUCUUCCUGCUCACAUUACCAUUCUGGGCUCACUAUGCUGCAAAUGAGUGGGUCUUUGGGAAUAUAAUGUGUAAAGUAUUCACAGGGCUCUAUCACAUUGGUUAUUUUGGUGGAAUCUUUUUCAUUAUCCUCCUGACAAUUGAUAGGUACUUGGCUAUUGUUCAUGCUGUGUUUGCUUUAAAAGCCAGGACAGUUACCUUUGGGGUGAUAACAAGUGUAGUCACUUGGGUGGUGGCUGUGUUUGCCUCUCUACCAGGAAUCAUAUUUACUAAAUCCAAACAAGAUGAUCACCAUUACACCUGUGGCCCUUAUUUUACACAACUAUGGAAGAAUUUCCAAACAAUAAUGAGAAAUAUCUUGAGCCUGAUCCUGCCUCUACUUGUCAUGGUCAUCUGCUACUCAGGAAUUCUCCACACCCUGUUUCGCUGUAGGAAUGAGAAGAAGAGGCACAGGGCUGUGAGGCUCAUCUUUGCCAUCAUGAUUGUCUACUUUCUCUUCUGGACUCCAUACAAUAUUGUUCUCUUCUUGACCACCUUCCAGGAAUCCUUGGGAAUGAGUAACUGUGUGAUUGACAAGCACUUAGACCAGGCCAUGCAGGUGACAGAGACUCUUGGAAUGACACACUGCUGCAUUAAUCCUGUCAUUUAUGCCUUUGUUGGAGAGAAGUUCCGAAGGUAUCUCUCCAUAUUUUUCAGAAAGCACAUUGCUAAACGUCUCUGCAAACAGUGCCCAGUUUUCUAUAGGGAGACAGCAGAUCGAGUGAGCUCUACAUUCACUCCUUCCACUGGGGAGCAAGAGGUCUCGGUUGGGUUGUAAAGUAAGUGACAGUUUGCCUUUUUUUAAGCAGGGAAGGAGGGAGCAGUUUGUACAUAGCAACAAGCCUCAAAGACAGUGGUUCUUACUUUGGGUCAUGAUCCCUAUGUGGGGGUCAAAUGACCCUUUCACAGAGGUCACUAAAACCAUUAGAAAACAUAGGUAUUUACAUUAUAAUUCAUAACAGUAGCAAAAUUACAGCUAUGAAGUAGCAGCAAAAAUAAUUUUAUUGUUGUAGAUCACCACAACAUGAGGAACUGUAUUAAAGGGUCACAGGAUUAGGAAGGUUUCAAACCACUGCUCAUGGAUAUAUUGAACAAUAGAGACCUUUAAAUCAGGUGCCCAGAACGUUAUAAUUAUGCCGUGACUGAACCAUAUCUCUUCUUGUAUAUAUAAUACAUGUUUGAGAAAUAUUUUAGAAUAAUAAUUGGUAAAUUCUUCAGCUUUCCAGGGAACUCUAUCCCUAUGAGGAGCCUCUUUGCCUUGUGGCAAUAUUAUUUUACCAAUCUUCACCAUGUUUUUCCUUACUUAUAACAUGAAAGACAUGGAAUUUAAGAAAGGAGGGCAUGAGGCUGCCAGGACUGAGUGAGAAGGAGGAGAUAUGCACUGUUGCUCCUGAGUGAAAAUGGAAAUGAAAGUGAGCAGGGCUCUCAAAUUUCUUUCUCAUUUGGGAAGAAAUGUCUUGCUCUUUGGUUCCUUCUCCUAUCUGUGUUUAAUUUUGGAGGCUUUAUCAGGUUGUGGAAAAUCUAGAAACUGUAAUAGGUUGUUGGAAACCUCAUUUGAGUACCAUAGUCCUUUUAUACAUAAUUGCACAACACAUUUUUGCUUUGUUAUUUUUUUUUAUCUUUGACAACAUGGACAAUUUUUUUCAAUAUCACACUCCACUGUUGAUAUGUUUCUCAAGCCACAGUUCCUUACAUGAUAUUUAUAAAAUUAUUGUUUAUAAAAUAUGCAUUAUUAGUGAUUAGACUAAAAAUAAUAAGGGCUCUUGUUUGAUCUUUCCUUCUGCUUUCCAGGGAGAGCAGAAGGCUAAAAGUAGUGAAUGACCAAGAAUAAGGAGAAAAGCCAACUCCUUCAUCAGGCACAGAGAGCUGCAGCAAAAAGGCAGAGAUCUGUGGGACAGAGGAAGUGGUGUGCUUAGAACUACAUAGAAUCAGAAGCAAAAUGGAUGCCUUAGCACUGAGGAAAGGUUUCUGUCAGGUUAUAAACUGGUUUUAUAUUAUUGCUGCUAUUUUCUGCCUCCUCAGUACCUUUGCAACUGCCUCUUUCCUCAUAGCAUUUAUCUCUCAACCUCUUCCUGGGAAAGGUGUAUAUGGAAUAGCCAAACAUGAAAACCUGGAUAGUUCUAUGAGAAAAAAAAAAAACACUGUUAUAUUAUGUUUUUGUGGGUAAAACAAAACUGGAUGAAGCAGGGACAGAAGUCUUGCUUUGAAAAUAAUACUUGGGAACAUAUCUUAAUUACAGGCAAAAUAAACCUGGAUAAAAAUGAUUAUAAAUGGAGUGGGAAGAAGUAUGUCACAGAUUAUCUUCCAAUGCCUUAUUUUUGGAUAUAAACAUAAUUCAAAUAUUUAAAAAUUGAAAAUAGAAAAAAAAAUAAAAUCAAGACUGGAAACUUCAACUUCUAAAUGUGAUGAAAUACCUUUGUAAGAGCUCUUAUCUUGCCAAGGUUGAAAAUAGUUCAUUAGUUAUAAAAGAAAUUCUGACUUUGAGCUUAUGAACUAACAUAGACAGCUCAGGAUUAACAGGGACUUGUGGUUUGUGGUCUGUGGGCUUAUCCAAGCAUGGUGAUUUAGACUCUAAGGUCCGUCUGGAUCCUAGCAUAUGCUACAUAGAUGUCAUGUGUGCAUGCAAGUGGUGUACUUGCUCUUUCACCAAACUCCUUUGGAUCUUUUGUCCUAAAUGUGAUCUUGGUGAAAGAUUGUCCUUUGAGUGAGUGGGAACUCCUAAGUCAAAUCAACUUCUUAUCAAGGAUUUAAAAGUAAAUAUGCAAAGGAGAGAAGUUAGAGAAACUCCUCUCAUAAGAAAAAUGUCUUCCCUGAAUUGAGCCAAAAAUGUUCUUCCCUGUCCACUAAUGCGUUUCUUAUCUAACAGAAGCAAGAAACAAAGGAACAGACAACUUGAGAGUUAAAAGUCAUUGUGGUCUGGCUUUGCUACCACAUGAUGAGAAGAAAUUUCUGAAAGAAGUAGGGGAUGAGAGUAUCACCUUCAGAUAGCCUAACAGUUUCAUUUUAAUGAUAAUGAGAUGCAAAUACCUGUAAAACUAUGAUUUAGAAAAUAAACCAAUGCUCUAUCUAUAUUGCUAGAAAUAUUAAAAAGAAACAAGCAUAUGCUUUGUUA